CCCCCGCGCCGCCGUGUGGGCGGUGCGCGCGGUCGAGAGCCUCCGGAGGGGCGGGGGCGGUGCGGCGGGAGCCGUAGCAGUAGCCUGGCGGCAGCUCCUGCUACGCGGCCUCGCUCAGCAGCACUCUGUUCGCUCUCGCUGUGUUCCUUCGGAGACAGCUUCAGGCAAGCCUUCCCUCUCUCCUUUCCACCCCCGCCGUUCCCUUCCUCUCCGCUUGCUUGCGUGUGAGGUAAACGCGACGUGUGGUGCCUACGCCGCCGUUGCGUUUCAGGUGAGGGAGGGGGGGAAGGAGAAAGAGAGCGGGGAGGCACCAGCUCCCCCUCCCUCAGCGCCUCUCCGGCGGCCGCGGGCGCGAAACCCCGCCGUUCCCUGGCUUCUGUUCUCCCACUGAAGUAAAACAGCCCUCAUUCUCGAAAUGGGCUGCACGCUGAGCGCCGAGGACAAGGCAGCGGUAGAGAGGAGCAAGAUGAUCGACAGGAACCUGCGGGAGGAUGGCGAGAAGGCGGCCAGGGAGGUCAAGCUACUCCUCUUAGGAGCUGGUGAAUCAGGGAAAAGCACAAUUGUCAAACAAAUGAAGAUUAUCCAUGAAGCUGGUUAUUCAGAAGAAGAAUGUAAACAGUACAAAGCUGUUGUCUACAGUAACACCAUUCAGUCCAUUAUUGCGAUCAUUAGAGCAAUGGGGAGGUUGAAGAUAGACUUCGGUGAUGCAACCAGGGCUGAUGAUGCUCGUCAACUCUUUGUGUUAGCUGGAGCAGCAGAAGAAGGAUUUAUGACUGCAGAGCUUGCUGGAGUUAUCAAGAGACUGUGGAAAGACAGUGGGGUUCAAGCUUGUUUCAACCGAUCUAGAGAAUACCAGCUUAAUGAUUCUGCUGCCUAUUACUUGAAUGACUUGGACAGGAUAGCACAAACCAGCUACAUUCCAACCCAACAGGAUGUUCUCAGGACUAGAGUGAAAACUACAGGAAUAGUGGAAACUCACUUUACUUUCAAAGAUCUUCAUUUUAAAAUGUUUGAUGUUGGAGGCCAGAGAUCAGAGCGGAAGAAGUGGAUUCAUUGUUUUGAGGGUGUUACAGCAAUUAUAUUUUGUGUGGCAUUGAGUGAUUAUGAUCUGGUUUUGGCUGAAGAUGAGGAAAUGAACCGAAUGCACGAGAGCAUGAAAUUGUUUGACAGUAUCUGCAACAAUAAAUGGUUCACAGAUACUUCUAUAAUUCUCUUCCUGAACAAGAAAGAUCUUUUUGAAGAAAAAAUCAAGAGGAGUCCCCUCACUAUUUGCUACCCUGAAUAUGCAGGAUCAAACACUUACGAAGAAGCAGCUGCUUACAUUCAGUGUCAGUUUGAAGAUCUGAACAAGAGAAAAGACACAAAGGAAAUCUACACCCACUUCACAUGUGCCACAGACACAAAAAAUGUGCAGUUUGUUUUUGAUGCUGUAACUGAUGUCAUUAUCAAAAAUAACCUUAAAGACUGUGGCCUUUUCUGAGAAACAGACAAAAAGGUUGUUAAAGGGUAAAUGACAUGCCAGAGAACAGGACUUAGGUAUCUGGGAUGUGCCUAUGCUGUGUCAAACUUUCAUAGAUAAACUUACUUCUAUUUUAUUUCUAGGUUUGGAGAACUACUUCGCACAAUUCUAAUCUGAUUCUUUUCAAGGUGAAAGAAAUGAAAAAAAUACGUUGUGCUGAAUGAUAGAUCAGUACUGUACUUGCCUGUUUUAACAGCUUUAUUUAUGUUUGUCUUGUAAAUUUAAGUAAUUAGUUAACUGGGAGAUGUCAGCUGAUUGUAUGUACUUCUGAUUGUCGUAAUGUAUUUGUAUAAAUGUUGAGUGGAAUAUUUUAGUAACUUGAUGUCCUCUAAAAAUUUCCAUGUUUUAUGAAGAUACCCUAAGAAGAGACAGACACUUUUUGCCUUUGGAUUAUUUAAAUAUCUUGUAAAAUUAAAUUUCAGUUUCAUCUUAAGGGUGCAUGCUGCCUUAUCCUUCUUGGUAAUACUGUAUAUGACAUUAGAUCUUUUGAUAUUUAAACACAGCCUUGUACAUCUUCUCAGAGUUAAAGGAAGCCUAACCAAUAAAAGUUGUUUUUUGCCUUAAGUUUUGGGGGAAAAAAAAACCUUUUUAUAAAUUUAAGAUAAAUGCAAAGAUUAUUUUUUAAAUUUAAAUGAAAUCCAGUGUAUGAAAUCUGGACUUGCAGUCUGCAGGGUGUCUGUGGCAACACUGAAAUGGCAAAUUUUAAGGUUCAGCUAUCAUUGAAGCUGAUGUACAUGUAAAAAGGAAGUCAGUAAAAUAACUCACACCAAGAGAAAAUUGUCUUUACUCAGUGGAGUGAAUGGCACGGUUACCUUUGUGUUUUUGUUUGGUUUUUUGUGUAUUUUUUUCUUAAGGACCAUUAACAAAGGCUGGACUUCAGAGUAAUAUUUUUUCUGCAUAGCUAUGAAGUAAAUUCUUGUUCUCUUUAAACUUCUUGCUAUUUUCUGGUAAUAAAACUGGUUUGAUAAUACAGUAACCAUAGAUAUAUCAAGUUCUCCCACAAGACAUGGCACAGUGGCUUCAUAGACUGAAGUAAUAUCCUGAUUACCCAAAAUAUUGAAGAUGAAUAGUGUUUUAGUGACUUGCAAAUGCUGAUUCUUUAAUUUCCUCUUUAAUUAUAAUUAAAGUCUUACAGUUUCUUUAGUAAGUUUACAGAAAAUGUGGAUUUUUUUCUUCUGGUUAUGCUUUCAUUUGCUAUCCUACGUGGUAUGUUUCAUCCACUGCCUUAUGGGGAGUGCCAAAACUUUGGGGUUUUUUUUGUUUUGUUUGUUUGUUUUGUUUGGGCUUUUUGUUUUUUUAAUAAAGAUUUAAAAGUGAAUAAGCUUCUAUUUGUAAAUAAGUUGAUGGAUGGUUCUCUUAAAUGUAUGUUACCUAGAAAAUAUAAACGUAGCAAACUUUGAAACAUGAUUUUCUAUAAUUGUUAAAAUAUUUCAGGCAGCUACAGUAUACCAGAAGUUCUUUGAGAAAUAAAGAAGUCCUUGAACCCAUUGCUACUAUCUAUGUUCUUAGAAAUGUUCAACCAAAUAUUUAAGUCACUGUUCUGUUAUUUAAUUCUUGACUGUGUAUGUGUUUCAUUUAGUCCUCAGCAUGAGUAAAUCUGCAGUUGUCGUUCUUUAAUGCUUCCUUUGUUUUGUACAGAGUUGCUCAAUGUGUUUCAUCUGAAAGAUCAGAAAGGAGAUAACGUGUUCCUGGAGGUUGUUCUGUGUAUUCAUACAUUAUGAACUCUCAGCAGUUAUGGUGAGCUAUCUGUAUAUUCUGGGCUGCUUUUGGUUGUGCUUUACGGUUCUGGGUACAUAACUGAUUUUAAAUCUCAUCGAACCUACUUUGUGGAAGUUGUAUUUACACCUACCUUCAAGUUGGUUUUUGUACGUAAUGUAAAACAAAAAUUGGGAUUAAUCAAAUUGCAUAAAUAAAUCUAAAUUUUGUGCCUUGCUUGAAAGAAA